CUUUGCUUCAUUAUUCACAUACUUUGUUCUUCAAUUGAACUUUCGCAAUAUGUCUGAAGAGAAGAGUAAGGGUAUAUCCCUUCGAACCAAAAGGAAAGGUCGUCCCGCUAUAAGUGCGCCCAAGCAGAUAUCUGGGCCAAUACAGCAGCCGGUUGGCGACGUGCCUCGAAGUGGAGGUCGCUCUUUUGAUGCACCACCUCCUACGAGGCCACAAGCUGGAGGCAAAACCUCUGACCUGGUGAAACGACGAUAUUCCACUCGAUUCAACAAUCUUCCCUCAGACUUCGACGCUACAGCACCUCCAGUACCCUCUGUUCCGUCGCUACCUAAUCAGUAUGCACAGGCAAGCGAUCGUGGUCGAGGACCUUCUCCCGGCAGAGGGCAAGGACUGAAUGUGGACGUCAAGGCAUUACGAGAUCCAAAUCUACGACCAGAACAAUAUAUCGCAGGUCUUCUAAGUGAUGCUUCAGAACAGGAUAUCGACGAUUACCAACAAGCUCUGAAGAAGCUGCGGAAUCGUGCUUCUACCGACCUUCAACAAAACGUGUAUCAAAAUCGAACCCAAUUCAUCAAGAUAAGUAAGGAGGCCGAGAAACUUAAAGGGGAGAUGCGAGCUCUGAGGAACUUGAUGUCAGAGCUCAAGACCAACACCACAGCGCUCAGAACAACAUCAUCUCAAGGCCCUAGCGUUACAGAUGGCUUUGACCAAGGAUUUCCAACAACCCUGAGUAAAAGGGAUAAACGAAGCUCUGUAGCUGAUCGUACGGCCAUGUGGAAUUCUCAGCUACAAGCAUUGUGGAAAUCAGUUGAGGGCUCUCAAAAGUUUCUACCAGCUCUUCCUGGACGUCACGUAGUCCAGAACGCUGGGUUGUGGAUUGAGCUAGACAAUGCAACAUGGAAAUCGAGAAGAGCAAUGCAAAUUAUUCUACUGAAUGACCACCUCCUCGUGGCGUCUCGAAAGAAGCGAAAAGUAGAAGGCAACGGAGGGGAUCCACGACAGGCACCUUCAAAGCUAGUAGCGGAUCGAUGCUGGCCAAUUUUGGACAUCGAAAUGGUCGACCUGGCUGGGACGAGUGAGUCUACAAGCUCUAGGAAUAAGGUAGCCGACGCCAUCAUGAUCCGCGGUGUUGGCCAAGAAUCAUUCACCUACCGAACAGAGAAGCCCGAUGACAACGAGAAAGCGUCCCUGAUGAUGAAUUUCAGGAAAGCAGUAGAACAGCUAAGAAAAGGUCUACGAUCUGAGAUGGAGUCGAGCAACAAAGCCAAGGAGACAAUCAAUUAUUUUGCGUCGCGAGAUCCAGGUCUACUGAAGAAGACCGAUCUACUUGAAACCUUGUCGGAUAUCAAAGAUAUGCUCAUUGAAGUCGAUGGCAAACAACAAAAUCUUCGAUGGGUAGAAAGCCAGGUCGACGAACUUGAUAUUGAGAUUGCGCUUCAGCGCUUUGAUGUUGCUGUACAGCGGGUGGAGAAGCUGAAUGCUCUGGGGAAAAGUCUGAAAAGCAAUGUGGUUGCACAAGACUUCAUCAGUUUCAAAGCCGAUGAAAGGGCAACAAAACUUGCUGGACUGAUUACUCGAGAAUUGGUCGACACCCACAACGAACCGAAGAAGACCAGGCGGAAUGUUAAUUGGCUUGCUCGACUUGGAUUUGAGGACCGAGCAAGAGAAGCAUAUCUGGAGGCACGUGGCAACAUUAUCCACAAGAGAUCAAGGCAAUGCAUUUUUGAGGGCAAUCUGCACCAGUAUAUCUGGGAGCUGUCAUUCGUGUACUUCACCAUCAUCAAGAAUACCGUUUCGACAUUCCAGACCUGUUUCCCGCCCUUGCUCAUGAGUGCUUGCGUCAAAUGGGCCAAAGAACAAGUCGAUACUUUCAAUAUUAUCCUUGCUAGACAAUUAAGUAGUACGGAGCGAAAUGGCCCGGUAUGGACGGAAUGUAUGAAUCAAGCAAAAGAACAUGCCAAAAUGCUGUCCGAGGUUGGCCUGGAUUUCAAGAGUCUCAUAGGACAUGAGAUAUCGGAAAAGGAGCAGAGUGGUCCAGUCGGUUUGGGUCUCAUACGCGAUAGAUUAAUUCUCGUUGAACGUUUGUUACCUCCAGAUUCUUCAUCACGACCACGCGACAACCUUGUUCCCCGCGAAACUCGUCCAGCCUGCGUCAUCAUGGAUACAAAUAUGGAGGAUGUUGGCAGGGCGCCAGAACCUUCAAAGUUGUCUCCUGCAACAGAACCUGCCUCGAUACCCACACUGGACGGCUGGAUCGAGAGCUUGAUGAGCUGCAAGCAACUGGCCGAGGUCGACGUGCAACGGCUUUGCGAGAAGGCACGAGAGGUCUUGCAGGACGAGUCGAACGUGCAACCUGUGAAAUGCCCGGUAACGGUAUGCGGAGAUAUUCACGGCCAGUUUCACGACUUGAUGGAGCUGUUUAGAAUCGGUGGACCCAACCCAGAUACCAACUAUCUAUUCAUGGGUGACUACGUUGAUCGAGGUUAUUAUUCUGUCGAAACUGUCACCCUCCUCGUUGCCCUCAAGAUCCGAUACCCUCAACGAAUCACAAUCCUACGUGGAAACCACGAGUCCCGUCAAAUCACGCAAGUUUAUGGCUUCUACGACGAGUGCCUCCGCAAGUAUGGCAAUGCCAACGUAUGGAAGUACUUCACAGACCUCUUCGACUACCUCCCCCUUACUGCCCUCAUUGAUAAUCAAAUCUUCUGUCUUCACGGAGGUCUUUCCCCAAGUAUCGAUACUCUUGACAAUAUCAGAGCUCUUGAUCGCAUACAAGAAGUGCCACAUGAAGGGCCUAUGUGUGACUUGCUCUGGUCGGAUCCUGAUGACAGAUGUGGAUGGGGAAUAUCACCAAGAGGAGCGGGUUAUACGUUCGGUCAGGACAUCUCGGAAGCCUUCAACCACAACAAUGGUCUGACGUUGGUUGCGAGAGCACAUCAACUGGUUAUGGAGGGUUACAACUGGUCUCAAGACAGGAACGUGGUCACCAUCUUCUCGGCACCCAAUUACUGCUACAGAUGUGGUAACCAGGCUGCAAUCAUGGAAAUUGAUGAACACCUGAAAUAUACCUUCUUACAAUUCGACCCCUGCCCAAGAGCAGGUGAGCCUAUGGUUUCACGACGAACUCCGGACUACUUCCUCUAGAUGAAAAUCGAGAAGAAUUUAAUUCCCCAUUUGCCGUACCAAAAAGGUGCCACAGAAGCGAUGACAAUUCUGUUCAUGUAUACGAUCUCAUGCGGCCUUCUCUCGGCAGGGACACCUUGCUUGGGAGCCAGCGAUGCGCUCAUCCGAGUCUUCAGCGAGACUUUUGUAGACUUGCAUUAGACUUUUCAAUGAAUGCAAAAGUACUUGAGAUAGUGCC